UUGGGCCAAGGAGGGUUGGGCCCGGCUCCUAGCCCCUCGCCACUCGCCGGCUGACAGAGGGAGGAGCCGUGCGGGAGCUUGGGGGUCGCGCAGGAGCUCCAGACCUGCGAGCUGAGCUGGGAGCAUCACGCAGGCCGAGCCACGGCGGCCAGGCCCUGGGAAGGCUGCUUGGCCGGCGCUCACGGACUCCCCCGCGCUGACCAGCCGCUGUGGGGCGGGGGGCUUCGCAGGCAGCCAGCAUCGACAUGCUGCUGGAGGAGGUCCAUGCCGGCGACCGACUGAGCGGGGCAGCGGCCCGGGGCGACGUGCAGGAGGUGCGCCGCCUUCUGCACCGCGAGCUGAUGCACCCCGACGCCCUGAACCGCUUCGGCAAGACGGCGCUGCAGGUCAUGAUGUUCGGCAGUCCCACCAUCGCCCUGGAGCUGCUGAAGCAAGGGGCCAGCCCCAACGUCCAGGAUGUCUCUGGCACCACUCCAGCCCACGAUGCAGCUCGCACUGGAUUCCUGGACACCCUGAAGGUCCUAGUGGAACAUGGCGCCGAUGUCAACACGCCUGAUGGCACCGGGGCACUCCCAAUCCAUCUGGCGGUGCGGGAGGGUCACGCCGCGGUGGUCAGCUUCCUGGCUGCUGAGUCUGAUCUCCAUCACCGGGACGCCAGGGGGCUCACGCCCCUGGAGCUGGCGCAGCAGAGAGGGGCUCGGGACCUCAUGGACAUCCUGCAAGGGCACUUGGUGGCCCCACUGUGACCAGGAUUUCACUGAGCACAUCUCUGAAGAGGAGGGAAGAAACACUUUCUCCUCUUACUCCUACUGUCCAGUGUUGAGGGGGAGGGGCGCCAGUUUGUGGCUUGCUGGUGUUGAUUUCUGGGUGUGUGUGUGUUUGGGGGGCGUUUCUCGUUUGUUUUUCUCACCCCUUUUGGUGUGUUGGAAAGAGUGGGGCUCCUGCAUGCAAAAGCCACCUAAACGGUUCAGUUUCCUCCGCGCCCCAGGCUGCUGGGGCUGCAGACCAGACCAGGGCAGAGCGUUAAAGACCCAGCCCCGGAGUGAGGUCAUCGGGUCAUCGCCACCAAGUUUCCUGGCACCUGGCGACCUCGGCCGACUGCGCCCAGAGACCAGAAGGGUGCGCACUGCUUUGGACAUGGGGUGGGGGCAGAGUUCCAAAUCCAUAAAGGGGUGGCAUGAAUUCAUCUAUAUUUUGUUGAAAGCCUGUUAUCCAGUCUCUUGUACAGUGUUGAAAAAAUAGAUUCUAUUUAUUAAGCUUUAUUGAAGAAAUUGUUCAGUGUGAUAAUUUAAUGUUUUUAUCCAUUAAAUUAAGACUUGAGUAUGACCACAGCGAGGGUGGCUUCAGAUUUCUGUGUCUGGGAUGGCGAUGUUUGUGGGGGUAGGCAUGGUGGCUCGCGGAGCGCCGAUACUG